CCCACCUCCCUUCCCUUCCUUCAUUCGCCGCCACCCACCCGCUACGGGCCGAGUUUUCCCGUCACCUGGGCUUCAGCCCCUUUUUAACAAUCAUGGGCCGCCCAUUCUCCCCUGAAGUUCCCCAAUUUUCCUUUUCCCUCCUCUCAAUACCAUCUCAGAGCGCAGCACCACGAACCCGAUCUCCUCCCAUUUGGGCGAUGAUUCAGCCGCAGGCGCGCCUCCUGUUGUUUAUUUUUCGAAAUGAGGCCACUGAUAAAAAUUCAUCUUGUAUUUUGAGGAAGUGAACAAGCCCAUGGAUUGCUCUCCUGAUGAGCUUCAAACGUAUUCAUGCGGCUUAUCGGUUUAUCUCGGGUUUCGGAUCCCCCGCAUCUCUUGGGAGAUCCAUUAAGGCAGAGCGCAAGGGCAUUAACAAGGCAUUGGAGAUCUUAGAUUUUGUCACUCCGAAAAAUUGUGACAUUGGUCGAGACGAUAGCCAUGGUCGACUUAUUCGAAGUUGUCUGCAGGGCCUUUUGGAAACUGGCCAGAGAAAGUGCCCGAAACUUGUAAAAGGCGGCGAGCACGAGAAACUGAGGUCGCCAGCAGAGGAAACAUCUCGUUGGAGCUCAAAGAUUUUGGCAGAAGAGGGUGCAGCUACUCUUGCUUCCGCCGUUAGUUCUUGUGGAGCUAACGGCGCGCUUGAGGAAGGGUCGCAACUUCACGGUCUCUCCUUGAAAAAUGGUUUUUAUGGCCGUGUUCCUAUUGGGACCUCGCUGAUCAGCCUAUAUGCUAAGUGUGGGAAGCUAGAUGACGCACACCGAGUUUUCAAUGAGAUGCCAGUGAAGAACACUGUAUCAUGGACUGCGGUCAUCUCAGGAUAUGCUCAACACCGGCGACUUGAAACUUGCGUUUAUCUGUUUAAUUUGAUGGGGCACGUCAGUUCGAAACCGAAUGACUUCACAUAUGCGAGCCUUCUGAGCGUGUGCACCAACUGUGCAUCUCUUGCUCUCGGGAGAAGUUUUCAUGGCCAGGAGAUGAAAAUUGGUUAUGGUUCAUAUACACACGUUUCAAAUGCGCUUAUAUCAAUGUAUGCUAAAUGUGGGAUUAUUGAAGAAGCAUGCUAUAUUUUUGAGAAAUUGCCAUUUAAAGAUCUUAUCUCUUGGAACUCCAUGAUUUUUGGAUAUGCACAUUAUGGCAAUGCUGAUCAGGCUCUAGACUUACUGAAAGAGAUGGAAAAAUGUAAUAUUUUACCAGAUGCCAUCACUUUCCUUGGAGUUCUAUCCUCAUGCCGACAUGCCGGUCUCCUUGAUAAAGGGCAUCAUUGCUUUAGGUUAAUGGUUAAGCAAGGUAUAAAACCAGAAUUAGAUCACUAUUCGUGCAUUGUUGACCUCUUAGGUCGUGCCGGGUUACUUGAAGAGGCAGUUGAUUUCGUUGAGAAAAUGCCCAUGAGUCCAAAUGCUGUCAUAUGGGGCUCUUUAUUAUCAUCCUGUAGGGUCCAUGGAAAUGUUUGGAUUGGAAUUUAUGCUGCAGAGAGACGCCUUUUAUUAGAACCGGGUUGUGCUACAACUCAUGUGCAGCUAGCAAAUCUAUAUGCAAGUGUUGGGCAUUGGAACAACGUGGCAAAUGUUCGGAAGCUAAUGAAGGAGAGGGGGCUCAAGACAACCCCUGGAUGUAGCUGGAUUGAGAUUGGGGAUAAGGUUUAUGGGUUUAAGGCUGAAGAUGGAACAAAUUCUGAGCUUAGGGAGAUGCUCGUUAUGUUGGAUACUUUGGGAGAUCACAUGGAGUCUUUGAGAUACAUGCUUAGAACUCCCUUGGAUGACGUUGAUCAAAUUGACGAAUGUCAGUGACUUGUGCUAAAAAAUGUGACUAAAAGUUCAUCUUGCUAGCAAGUUGCUUGACAUUAAGGCCUUUGUGCACUUUAUCAAACUUCCGUGUCCUAAUCAUCAUAUGAUGCUAUCUUAUGUUUGAAUCUCGGCUCCACCUGCAGGAACCAAUGUCAACAAAGAAAUGGACAAAAACCUACCACUUCUAGUUGUUUCUCUCCUGUUGAUCUCCCCAAUAUCCGUAUCAACUGGCAUCAGAAUCGACCUCACCUACGUUGAUUCUAAGCUCAAUCUCAGCAAGCCAGAACUCAUUCAACGUGCAAUCCAAUGAA